CUAUCCCCACACCCACGAUCUCCCUACCACAAUGAUCAAGGAAGGCACCGUCACCAGCGAGAGCGUCACCGCGAUUGAUGCGCCUGCAGCAUCUGCAGCCUACCCGCGCGAGCCAAGGCGAUAUUCGUCUGACGGGUACGACGAGAAACACAAGACAGGGCUUCAACACUCUACGCCACCCAGCAAGAGCUUCUUUGCGACCCCUGAGUCCCAUUUGACUGACCGACCAUUCUUCAUCACGAUUGGGGAGAGCGGUCUCAUUGGGGCGCUGCAGAAGUUAGACGAACAACUGAAGCAGUCAGGACGCAGCCAUAUCUUGUCACGCAAGCGACCAACAGAUUGGAUAGGCAGGGAAGUCACGCCUGGGAAAUGGCCUGAUCAACCAUGGUGGUUUGCCCAGUAUCCUCACUCGCCCUGGCGGUACCCCGGUAUGCCGCUUCGUAACUGGUGGGCGCGCGAUUGGUGCGGUACCAAAGGAUUGUCCGACACUGUGGUCUCUCAGAACCAGGUUAGCGGCGUCGUAUCCGAUCCUCAGAAUCAUAUCUUUGGUGCCUACAGGGUGCUCGCGAUCGUCGACCAGACGCAUCUCCCCACCGUCAUCAAGGACGACGUCACCAAGCCAUCCUCGGAUGGUCAGAUGCAUGAAGUAACGAUGAAGAGCAGCUUACGGGAUGGUGCGCAGCGUGACUAUGUCAUGGCGCUCUUCUUGAACAUUCCCGCGAACAACUGCGCGAUCCUCCAGAAGGGAGACGACCUGGAGCAGCUAUCGGCUGGGCAGCACUACAUCACGAACCCGAACGUCACGCUACGCGGCUUGUUCACGCUCGGCGAGAACCAGAUCGAGAUGCCGACGAAGGACAUCUUCACGAGAGAUCAGGUCCCCGUGGCGUUGACGAUCUACUUGAAGUGGCAACUCACAGAACCGUUGAAGCUGACCAUGCAUGGCUACAACACCCCUUAUGACGCACUCCGCGACAAAUGCCAGUCUAUCCUCACGCAGAUCGUAGCACAUCCGCUCGCUGGGCCCAGACAACCUGGACGACGGACCGAUCCCAACGGCGCAUUCCUUGACGCGCUGCGGACCCGGGCAAUGGACGACCUCCACUUUGCUGCGCUGGAGUAUGGCAUUGUCAUGAAGGAUCUCGGCGAAAUUGCAUCCACGAUGGACAGGCUCACGACACGAGCCUUGCAAGCCCAAGUCGAAGCGGCCAAUGUGGACCGGGAGAACAGCAAUAGGAUCAAGCAAGAAGAAGGCGCGCUGCAGUCAGACUCACAGGCCUACAGCGUCGUCGCAGCGGCAAAGGCUGAGGCCCAGAAGGUCCAGAUCGAGGCUGAGGCACAGGCGCAAGCGACUCGCCUCGCAGCAGAGGCAGAGGCAGCGGCGAUCCGCAUUCGCGCGGCUGCCGAUGCAGACAUGGAGAUGCGUCGUGUGGAGGUGUCUCGCGUGCAGGCCUUUGGCUCGAAGACGGUGUUCGUGCCCACAGACGGUAUCGGUGCGCAGAUGGGCAGCGCAUUGGCUACCGGGUUGGCUGCGGGGAUGGGUGCGGAUGCGCGGAAGUGAGUCCUAAUCUUGGAUAUAUGCUCAUUGGCAAGUGUGGAAGUUUGAGUCAUUCCGUCCCUUAUUUCUUAUUUCUUCGUCUUUUGACUGCAGUAUUUAAAGUGCACUUCAUGGAUGCAAUGCGCUCGUUACCCACUGUAUUGACUAUCCAGAUAUACCUGUCUAUUUAAACUAGUGUACGAUCAUUUUACCAUAUAUUCAGCGUGGAUUGAACGUCA